GUUGUCUGAUAAUUGUGUCAAAAUAAUUCUUCCACUGAGAAAACUUUUGUAGCCAAGAACCAUGACUGCUGCAGAGAACGUGUGUUACACGUUAAUCAAUGUUCCAAUGGAUUCAGAACCACCUUCUGAAAUCAGCUUAAAAAAUGACUUAGAAAAAGGAGAUGUCAAGCUGAAGACAGAGGCCUUGAAGAAAGUGAUCAUUAUGAUUCUGAAUGGUGAAAAACUACCUGGCCUUCUGAUGACCAUCAUACGUUUUGUCCUGCCUCUCCAAGAUCAUACCAUCAAAAAACUGCUGCUUGUCUUUUGGGAGAUAGUGCCGAAGACCACUCCAGACGGCAGGCUCUUGCAAGAGAUGAUCCUCGUGUGUGAUGCCUACAGAAAGGAUCUUCAGCACCCAAACGAGUUCAUCCGUGGCUCCACGCUGCGGUUCCUGUGCAAGCUGAAGGAGGCGGAGCUGCUGGAGCCCCUGAUGCCGGCCAUCCGCGCCUGCCUGGAGCACCGCCACAGCUACGUGCGCAGGAACGCCGUCCUGGCCAUCUACACCAUCUACAGAAAUUUUGAACAUCUUAUACCUGAUGCUCCUGAACUGAUCCAUGAUUUCUUGGUGAAUGAGAAAGAUGCAAGCUGUAAAAGAAAUGCAUUUAUGAUGCUAAUUCAUGCAGAUCAGGAUCGAGCUUUGGAUUAUUUGAGUACCUGUAUUGACCAAGUCCAGACAUUUGGUGACAUACUGCAGUUGGUUAUUGUGGAACUAAUUUAUAAGGUCUGUCAUGCAAAUCCAUCAGAGAGAGCUCGGUUUAUUCGCUGCAUCUACAAUUUACUGCAGUCCUCAAGUCCUGCAGUGAAAUAUGAAGCUGCAGGUACUCUGGUAACACUCUCCAGUGCACCAACAGCAAUUAAG